AGAAGCCGCUUGCGCAACUUUUUUUGGUGAGUGGCGCGCGCAGUUCAAAACAUCACAGAGAAGAAGCGCGAGCGGAUCAAGCGUCCCGCCAUCAAAAACCUCGCCGGCUCCUCACAGCUGCUCCUCAGACAGGCUUUCUGACCGCAGGACUGUGUCAGCUUAACAGGUGCAGUUUACAGAAAAAUGAUGCCCAACACCACAAGGAAGAGAAAGCUCUCCUCUCUGGACCCAGACAGUCACCCAGCCAAGAGGGGAGUGUUGGGCGAGACGUCUCCUGUGAAGAGAUCACCAAGGAAGCCCCGCCAGGCAUGGCGUUCUCCAGCCAGGAGGAAGCUGGCCACGAGACUGGAGAAGGAGACCUGUCCCUCGCCAAAGAAAUCCACCAGCAGACUGGCAGGCUCACCAGCUAAAUCGCCCCGUAAAUCCUCUCCAGUGAAACCUGUGACUGUCCCAGGCUCCUUCUACAGCAAACGGAAGGCCCUCUACCUCACUCCACUGGAGAGGAAGAUGUUGAAGGAGAGCAGGCCGCCUCCUGCUCCUCUUCCUUCUCUCCCUCCUUCCCAGGGCAAACAGGCAAAGAAGACGACGAAGGUUGUGGGAGGCAGAAAGCCAAGAAAGACAGCCACAGCGUUUGAUCAUGGGUUGAAGAAGGACUUAAAAGCCCACACUGCAUCUCCUAGAACGAUCACACUGACCCGACCUAGUAAUAGCGGUGAUGCUAAACCAGCGUCAACUUCUAACGCCACCACCAGUGCCAAGCCAGCGGAGCCCAAAAAGGGAAUCACUAUCACUUUCAGCAGCCUCAAGCCCAAACCUAAGAUCUUUGUGGGAGCUGCUUUCUUUGGCACAGGGAAGAAGCCGACUUCAAUGUAUAAGAAAUCCACACCAAAGACCAGGCUGGCUCCGGCCCAGGGGAAAAGCAAAGACGCCCUGCAGGAGGCAAAGAGGGAGAAAUCCCAACCGCCUCCUGUGAAGAGCCAACAGCAGGAAGAAACUCAGCGUGCAACCCAGCAGAACCAGGGAGGAGAGGAGAAACCCAGGACUGAGCAGAGAGCCAGGUUUGACCCAUCAGACUGGAUGGACCCUGAAUUUGACCAACCAGAAACUCCACAACCAUUCAGGUCUCCGAAGGUGUUGGCAGAAAAAUACGGGUUGACCAAAGAGUUGAAGAUCGUGCUGACGAGGUCUCCAACACUGAGCCCUGCAUCUACAACCUUAACCGUCAACACCCAGAAUGACUCUUUGACAGAAGAUGGCUGUGAGCCCGUCUUAGACCUGAGUGAUAUAAGCCCCUCCGGUGCCGCUUCCAGCCCACCCAAAGAAUCUGCAGCUGUGUAUCCCAUCUUUGGCUCUGCUUCCAAGAGGUUACAGAAGAAGACCGCUCUCCGGCCUCCUGUGUCCUGCAGCACCCCCUCUGGCUUGGUGGCAACACUGCAGCCCAACUCCUCUGCAGCCAAGGAGCGCAGCGUUCGCAGAAAGAAAGAGAAACCGGAUGACGAUCAGCUCAUCAUCGAUGCAGGUCAGAAACAGUUUGGAGCGACUACCUGCAGCUCCUGUGGGAUGGUGUACAGCGCUGACAACCCAGAAGACAACUUCCAACACACCCAGUUUCAUCAGCGCUUCCUCGACAGCAUCAGAUUUGUGGGCUGGAAGAAGGAGAGGGUGGUGGCCGAAUUCUGGGAUGGAAAAAUCAUCUUGGUUCUGCCAGAUGAUCCCAAAUAUGCACUCAAAAAGGCUGAGGACGUGCGCUGCGUAGCAGACAACGAGUUGGGUUUCCAGCAGGUGACCCUGAGCUGCCCCAAACAGGCCAAGACCUUCCUGUUCAUCAACACAGAGCGCAUGGUGGUGGGCUGCCUGAUCGCCGAACACAUACGACAGGCAUAUCGAGUCCUGGAGCAGCCAGAUGGGCAGAAGCAGCUGAACAGGGAGAACUUCUUGGAGCCGCAGCGGGCCUGGUGCUGCUCCACCGUCCCAGAGAAAGCCCUGUGUGGGAUCAGCCGCAUCUGGGUCUUCAGCCUGGCCAGAAGACAGGGCAUCGCCACCCGCAUGCUGGACACCGUCAGGAGCACCUUCAUGUACGGCAGUCACCUGACCAAGGAGGAAAUCGCAUUCUCUGACCCAACACCUGACGGCAAACUGUUCGCCACCAAGUACUGCAACACACCAGCCUUCCUCGUCUACAAUUUCAUUGCAUGAAGGAAACGGGGGGCUUAAGAUUUGGACUGAGUUUGACAACACAUUUUUCGAUAUGAAAAGCUGUAAAUGUUCAGGUUGUUCAUGGAGGGCCAGUGUUUGUGUUGAUAACCAUUUGCCUCUGUUGUGACGUGCUAGGUUUGUUCAGGAUAAAGUAGGUUUAGCUUUAUAAAUACUGGGUGAAACCAGGCUGGUUCUGUAUUAUGUACAUGUUACACACACUCAGAGUUGACUAAUUUUAAGUAUUAUUUGUAUGACUAAAGCUUCAGUUGUCUUCAUAUCCUGCUUGAUAAGUCCAGGGCUACAGUAGCUGAAUAUUUCACAGCACUCAAUACACUUUCAGACUGAGUGCCCUAAUGCAUCCUGGGAAUUGCCAUUUUUGAUAAUUUUGUACGUUGCAUCUCACCUUGAUUGAAAUACAAAGGAAACCGGAUGCCUACUAGACCAUAAUGUUGAUGUUUGUCUACAUUUUUCUCACUUCCAGCUCCAGGUUUACUGGACACUUGUUGGAAGGAAAAUAUUUUCCAAUACCCUGACUUUUUCAGAAAUGGAUGCAGUUAAAGCUUAAAUACACUCUGUCUUGUAAAUAUGUUGAAUAAACCUGUUCUUUUGUUUUAUGAA